GAACCAGUUAACUGCUCUAGUCCUGUAGGACGACGCCAUGCCUGGGCGUUAAACUCCUGAUUCACAGUGAAGCGAAAGAAACGGAAAGACUUGAAGGUACGGAGCUGAUAGAGACACCAGCAGAGGGCGCCAUGUCUGCUGCAGACAGGAUGAAGGUGCUCCUCUUCCUGGCCUUGUUCACCGGAGCGUCCGGAGCGCUGUUCACGCUGCUCUGCUGCGGCACGGAGUACUGGCUGCUGGCCGCCGAGUCCUGCGGCCGGACCCGAGAGGAGGACGACAGGAAGAGGAACACCUUAAAGCCUGAGGACAGGGUGACGAUGUUCCACCAGGGUCUGUUCUGGCGCUGCGUUUUCACUGCUGCCUCCUCUGAUUUCUCCAUCCUGGAGUUCUGGAUCACGGGUCGGCCUGAGUCAAAGACCUGCCAGCCUGCCUUCCUCUUCCCGUUUCCUGCACCCCACCCGGACUGGACCGGCUUCCCCUCAGAGCCGUACCAACCCGCCUCCGCCAUCGUCUUUAGAACCUUCUGGAGCAUCUUCCUCGUCUCGGGCGUGACGGCUGUCGUCAUUGGUGGACUCCUGGUGCUAUGUGCUGCUCCUCUGACCAAUCGUAGCCUCUAUAGCGCCGGCGGGGCUCUUCAGAUCUGUGGAGGCGUGUGCCUGCUGGUCGUCAUGGCGAUGUACCUGGUGUGGGUCCAGGUGCUGGACACCCUGGAGCAGUUCGCCGCCCAUCAGCGCAGCGUCUCCGGCUGCCCGUCCUACCAGCUCAGUGUCCAGCAGGGCCCGUCCUUCCUCCUGGCGCCCGCCGCCGGCUUCCUCUGCCUGCUGGCCGGACUCCUCUUCAUCCUGGUGGGGCGCGGCGUUCAGGGGGUCCAAACGAUCCCCGGCCCGUCAGAAACCGAGCUGUGAUGAGCGUGUCCUGUUCAACAAACUCUCUGGGACAAAAAUUAAAUUGUAGCAUAAAUUAAGAACAAUUUAUGCUACAGGUAUUCAGUAAUAACAUUUUUUUAAUCAUCUUAAACCAAAAAAGAGAGAGACAUAAAUUAAAAGGUAUAGACACUUUAGGUUUACUUUAUAUUGUACAAAUUGUUUCUUUAUUUUUUAGAGAGUAAUUCUAGAAAAACGCUCUUGUUCUUCGAAAUUAUUCAGCUAAAUGCCUAGAAGCUCAAAGAGAAGCCUUCUGCUUUACACCUGUUGAAGUUGUUACUUGCAUAUUUUGUUACAAUCAUAUCAAUCUGUCUGUUUAUAUUAAAUAGGCUGCUGUUUGCUUUUGA